UGUCCGCAUACUCCGCAUACAUAAAGUAGUGUGAAAUUUUUUUGUACAUUUUGCGUCGCUUUGAAGAAAAACAAAUUUUUUUUGUAAUAAUUAAUUGAAAAUUGUGCAAAAUUAUAAGAAAAAAAUGUAGUACAAUGUAAUUACAUGCGACAACAUAUGAAAUUUGCUAAAAAUUUCCAAGAAUUAAGCGGAAAAAAUAUAUUUAAAAUUUCACUUGACACGAAUCGUUGAAGACAAAUAGCGGCGCUCAAUUUUUUCUUUAUACGUUUUUGUAUAUUUUUGUUCCCCUCCUUUGUGCCGUUUCAAAAGUGAUGUGCUCUCUCGUUUCUCCCGCUUGUUACGGCCAAAAACUAAACCAAGACCAGCAGAAAAAAAUUUUAUAGAAACGAAACACAAAAGAAGAACGAAGAUAAUAAGAAAAAGGAAUCCCAAAUUACAUGAAAUGAAAUAGAACAAAAAAGAAGAAAUGAACGCAGAAGAGUGAAAAAAAGUAGAAAAAAACUUCAACGACGCAUGUCGCUCCUUUUUUAAUGUUUGCGAAUAACAUCGAGGAGUAACAAAUCUAUAAAUUAUUAAGUGCAAAGAAAAUUGAAUGAAAAGCAAUAGGAAUGUUUUUACGCGACCACAUGUAUAGAUCUCAAAUAAAAAUAAAAUAAACUGAAGAAAAAGCAAAUGCACAAAUAUGUUCGCUGUGUUUGUGCCAAUGCGUAUAAGUGUGUAUCUCUGUAUAUUACGUAUGUAAGAAACACAAGUGCUUCAAAAAUGUUUUUGCCUGCAAACUGGCGCUGUCGCAGCCAGAGAGCUGGUGACGUUGGCGUUUGUGGAACGCGUCCAGUGUGUCUCGGCAGUGUUUUUAAAGCAAAUGAUAAUUAACGUUAAGAUAAUGAUGUUCGUUAUGUUGUUAAUAGCAACAAUAUCGUCCACAAUAACGCUGUGUAUUGAGCUCUAAGGCGUUUAUGCUCUUUUCUGUUCCACAUUGUGUACAAAGUGUGUCGUCUAGCAAAACAGAAACAAACUAAACAAAGUGAGGAAAAAAAAAAAACAAAAAUUUUUACAACUUCAACGCAAAAAUAAAAAAAUAAUUAAAAAAAUUAAAUUUCUCAUAACAAAUAAUAAAAUUAAAUAAAUAAAAAAGAGUGUAAGGCUAUUUCUUUUAAGUGCGUACGCGACUGCAUCAAUCGAUAUAUAUGAAAGAAAACACCGAACAAAUUCAGAACUUUUGCACUCCUUUUACACUGCUAAAAAAAGAAAUACUUCCGAAAAAUCUCGUGACUAAAUGUUUUAAAGGAUUAAGUUUUAUUUAUUUCUUCACAAAAAUAUCUGCAGCUUAUGUAUCUAGUGCGGCAGCUGCUGUUGGUGAGGGAAGUGUUAGCGGUGGGGGUCGUCAACGUCACGCUCCACUUUACGGUCGUUUUGUUGUCGAAGAAGAGCUUCCCGCUACACACCGUGAUGUUAUGCAUCAUCGAUCUAGUCCAACGUCUUCAUCUGAAGUGCGUGCCAUGCAAGCACGAAUUCCAACACAUUUUCGCGAUCCCGCAACGGCACCGUUAAGAAAGCUAAGCGUGGAUUUAAUCAAGACCUAUAAGCACAUAAAUGAGGUUUACUAUGCGAAGAAGAAACGUCGAGCACAACAAACCCAAGGCGAUGAUGAUUCUUCAAAUAAAAAGGAACGUAAACUAUAUAAUGAUGGAUAUGAUGACGACAAUCACGACUAUAUCAUAAAACAUGGCGAAAAAUUUUUAGAUCGUUAUGAAAUAGAUUCAUUAAUAGGCAAAGGCAGUUUCGGUCAAGUAGUUAAGGCCUACGAUCAUGAAGAGCAAGGUUUUGUAGCGAUAAAAAUUAUAAAAAAUAAGAAACCGUUCCUAAAUCAGGCACAAAUUGAGGUGAAAUUGCUGGAAAUGAUGAAUCGCGCAGAUGCUGAAAAUAAAUAUUAUAUAGUUAAACUCAAACGACAUUUUAUGUGGCGAAAUCAUUUAUGUUUAGUUUUUGAACUAUUAUCCUAUAACUUGUAUGAUUUAUUACGUAAUACAAAUUUUCGUGGUGUCUCGUUGAAUUUGACACGUAAGUUCGCUCAACAACUAUGUACUGCUUUGCUCUUUUUAAGUACUCCCGAACUGAAUAUAAUACACUGUGAUCUUAAACCCGAAAAUAUAUUGCUUUGCAAUCCGAAACGUUCAGCUAUAAAAAUUGUCGAUUUUGGCAGUUCAUGUCAAUUGGGUCAAAGGAUAUAUCAAUAUAUUCAAUCGCGUUUCUAUCGUUCCCCAGAAGUUCUCUUAGGCAUACCGUAUGAUUUAGCUAUUGAUAUGUGGUCACUGGGUUGUAUUUUAGUCGAGAUGCACACGGGUGAACCCUUAUUUUCCGGUUGUAAUGAAGUCGACCAAAUGAAUAAAAUUGUUGAAGUGUUGGGAAUGCCGCCUAAAUAUUUAUUAGACCAAGCACAUAAAACUCGUAAAUUCUUCGAUAAAAUUGUUUCGGAUGGUUCAUAUGUACUAAAGAAAAGUCAAAAUGGUCGCAAAUAUAAACCUCCUGGUUCAAGAAAGCUUCACGAUAUUCUGGGCGUGGAGACUGGUGGACCAGGUGGGCGGCGGCUCGAUGAACCGGGUCAUUCAUUGGCCGAUUAUUUGAAAUUCAAAGACUUGAUAUUGCGAAUGUUGGAUUUUGAUCCAAAAACACGUGUCACACCGUAUUAUGCCUUGCAACAUAAUUUUUUUAAACGUACCGCAGACGAAAGCACUAAUACGAAUGCGGGUAACUCGGGACCCGCAGGCAGUAUGGCAAUAUCAUCGCCUUCGGUUAGCUCCACCUCAUCAUCGACGGCAGCUGUUGGCGGGCAAUUAGUGCCGACUAGUGCUGUACAACUACAACACACAGAACAGCAACAGGGACAUGGGCUUCUGUCGCUUCCUACAUCGGGUCCACAAUCGAACAGCUUAUGUAGUUUAACUGGUGUUGGUGGUGUAGGAAGUGUCGGUACAGGCAGCAGCAGUAAUAACAAUCAAACGUCAUUACUACGUGGUAGAGGUAGCGGAGCAGGAGCAGGGUUUGAUCAUACAAAUAUUAUGAUGAAGUCCCUAUAUGAAGUGCAACACCACCAACAUCAACCCGUUCUCUUGACGACUCAACCAUCGUUGCACGGUUUAUUGUCACCGCCUUCUAGCAAUUGUACAACCACUAGUGCCGUUCAGUGCGCGAACGCAAAUAGCAACAGCAGUUAUCCCCUUGCCAUGGACUGUGAUCCGCCAUUGCAACAACAACAAACGCAACAGCAGAUGCCACCACCUCCGCCUCCUGUAAUGAUAAGCAAUCAUACAUCAUUAACUGCACGCUUCGGGGUUUGCAGCGGUGAUACUAGUAGUAGCAGUAGUGGUGGUCUCGUUCCUUCGACUUCGCGUUUAAGUUCAAAUUGUGGCUCUAGCAGUCGUUUGCGGCAGACAAACGUCUUUACGGGAGGCCUAAAUAUGCAUCAACAUCAGAAGCCCCAUCAUACGCACCAGUCAAGUGGGGGACCUGUAAGUUCACUAUUAUCAUCCAAUCAACAACUGCCACAUCAACAAAACUAUGCACCCGCUUCAUUACCUCUGGAUUUAGCUAAUCAUCCAUUAACAACAGCAGCUUCUCAUUUAAUGAUAACUGACUCAAGUGUUAUAAGCGCUAGUUUAGCUAGCGCCAGUUCCGGACCUACUUCCUAUGUGAGUUCAUGGCAAACGUCGCCUGCCAACGCACAUAUCUAUGGAUUGCCGCCAUCAGCAGCAGAUAGCUCAGCUUUGCAACAUCAUCUGCAGCAGCAGCAACAACAAUUACAUAUGCAACAACAUCAGCAGCAGCCAAUGCAUAUGAGGAGAAUAGAUAAUAGUGGUAUUCGCUUACCUAUAAAUAAUGGAAACAAUAGUAAUAGCGGAGGAAGCAAUAGCAGCAAUACUAACUCCGGUACCGGUAAUGGUGAUACGUCUUCUCCUAUGAUGGGCGUUUGUGUUCAACAGAGUCCUGUAGUUAUUCAUUAGCUACCUUGUAUGUAUUUCAGUGUACGUGAGAGUGAGUGUCUUUGCUAUGUUUUCUAUUACACUCUUUCAUCCCACUAAAAAACUAUACAUCUCCUUACUUUUCUAUUAUGCUUUAUUAUUUAUAUAUUUUUCAUUGCCGCAUAUACUUGUAAUUAUUAUUAUUUUUUUUUUUACA